GCGGAUUAUGAUACGGUUAAGAAACGAAGGGAAACGGAAUAUGGCAAGAAAUUAUUAGGAAGGCGUUGGGUUGAUCCUCCAAAUUAUUUUGAUCAAAUGGUUUGGCCUAAUUACAUUAAAGCUAAUGAUCACAUAAUCAAUAGAUCCGGGGGAGAAAAUGAUAUGUUAAACGAUUUGAUUGUAUUAGAAUCAAAUAGUCUUUCAACAUUGUCAGAAAAUAUUGAGAAGAGCUACUUUUUUCCUGUUAAAGUUCCGCACAUUGUAUUGUUUUCAAUUACCAAAACUACUAAAGUUUGGUAUUAUCCUGAAUGGUCAAAUUACCGAUUGGAGGUUGCCCAACAACCAAUCCGAGCAAGAAUGUGCGGAUUUGGGGAUAAAGAUCGGCGUCCAAUCGAUCCUCCACCUGUCGUUAAACUUCUAGUAUCUACUGCCGAUGGAACUUCUGUACCUGAAAGUUCCGUUGAUCAUUCUAUGAUGAUCGUACACGCUGCCUUAUGGUCCGAAAAUUGCAUGGAUGAGCGUAGCCUUGUAAUCAAUCCAUCAACGAUUCCCUCUCAAUCAACUGGAACCGGACCUAACUCCAUUUUAUCGUUAAACGCUCCUUCAUGCACCCGAAAUCUUAUGGGUCAUUGUACUUCAUCCGCAUAUGUUCUCACUGAUGCCUUGGGUCAACAAGGAAUCUAUUUCAUCUUUCAAGACCUAUCCGUCCGCACCGAAGGAUCAUUCACAUUAAAAUUUUCGUUUUGUGACGUAAAGGGUCUGCUUACUCGUCGUGGGACUGUUGCAGCCGAAGUGUACAGCGGUCCUUUUAAAGUAUAUACCGCAAAAAAAUUUCCCGGAAUGACAGAAUCAACUGAACUGUCGAAAGCAUUCGCAAAACAAGGAAUUAAAAUUCCGAUUAGGAAAGAUACCCGAUAUCGGAAAGAAGAAUCACGUGAUCUAAAGAAUGAUGUUGUUCCCGAAUCCGCACCUUCGGCGGUACCAGACAAAACUCUUAGUGAUACUGAAGUUAAAGUUGAACAUACGGAGAAUGAUGAGAAACGUAGUCGUCACGAACUUUCCGAUAACGAUGCUGAUUCUGAGGGAGGGAAAG